AUGGUCAAGAAUCUUCCCUUCGCUGACACUAUGGUGCCUUCCCCUGGCUUUGGAGCCAUGGGUAUCAGCUUUGGUUUGGGAAAUAACCUAAGUCUCGAAGAAGCUGAACCAGUGUUACUCAAAGCAAUUGAGCUUGGCUGUACUUUCUGGGACACUGCGGUUGUUUACCAGGCCGGCGUCAAUGAAAAGCUCUUGGGAGACUUUAUUCGAAAACAUCAAGUUCGCGACAAAGUAUUUAUUGCUUCCAAGUGCGGUUUCGAUUGUUUUGGUGACGGCUCAGUUACCAACUCGGCAUCUCAUAUCAAGACUUACAUUGAUGGCACGAUUGAGAGGCUUGGCUUUACUCCCGAUCUUUAUUAUCUGCAUCGCAUUGAUCCAAAAACACCCCUUGAGGAGUCAAUUGGUGCGCUUGAUGAGAUUCGCAAGCAACACAAGACCAAGUACAUUGGCUUGUCAGAGUGCUCUGCUGCAACUCUCCGAAAGGCCAACUCUAUCGCCAAGAUCGAUGCCCUCCAGGCCGAGUAUUCUGCGUUUGAAACAGUGCACGAGACUGAUGGCCUCAUCGAAACUGCCAGAGAAUUGGGCAUUGCCUACGUUGCUUAUAGCCCCCUCGGUCAUGGCUGGCUAGUUGACGAUUUCCCCUACCAGAGUCCUAACGACUUCUCUGCCAACGACUUUCGUCGCGGGUCGCCAAAAUUCCAAGGUGACAACUUUUAUCAUAAUAAGAAGAUCGUCGAGGAGAUCAAGAGGCUUGCUGUACGAAAAGGCGUCACGUUGACCCAGAUUGCACUUGCAUGGGUAGCGGCUCAGGGAUUUAUCGCUAUCCCGGGAACAACAAAGCCAGAGCGUCUGGAGCAGAACUUUGCUUCUAGACAUGUUGACUUGAGCGAGGAAGAAAUGGUGGAGUUACGGCGAAUUAUCGAUUCGACAAAGCCACAGGGUAACAGAUAUGGUCCCAGUCACCAGGCUCUAGUUGGCCAUUAG